AAGAAACGUAGGUAGUCAUCGUCAUCCCCAGAGGUGGGGGUGCAACGGCAGCUAGAUCAAACAACAACCGUGCGAGGGUGGUGAAAGAGAGAUUCUCCCCGCCCUCUCUCUAACUCUCUCUCUCUCUCUCUCUCAUCUCCGUGCGUGAAUUGUGAAUUGUGAAGAGGCGGAGCGAUGGCGCACUUAGCAGAUCCAGAAGGCAUUGACGGCGUACGCAUGACCUGGAACGUCUGGCCACGGAGCAAAGUCGAAGCCAGCAAAUGCGUAAUCCCUCUCGCCGCCACAAUCCCCGUCACCAUCCCUCACCACUACCACCACGACAUCCCCACCGUCCCUUACACCCCACUCCGCUGCAAGUCAUGCUCCUCCCUCCUUAACCCCUUCUGCAUCGUCGAUUUCACCGCCAAGAUCUGGAUCUGCCCCUUCUGCUUCUCCCGCAAUACCUUCCCUCCUCACUACGCCCAAAUCUCCCCCACCAAUCUCCCCGCUGAGCUUUACCCCCAAUACACCACCCUCCAAUACACCAUCCCUAACCCCAAUCCCAAUCCGCAACCCCAUGUCUUCCUCUUCCUCCUCGACACCUGCAUCAUCCCUGAGGAGAUGGAUUACGUCAAAUCCGCGCUUCAACGAGCCAUUGGCCUUCUCCCUGAUAAUGCUCUUGUGGGUUUCAUCUCGUUUGGGACCCAGGUUCAGGUUCACGAGCUCGCGUUUUCCGACAUGUCUAAGGUUUAUGUCUUCCGCGGGAACAAGGAGAUUACGAAGGAUCAGGUUUUGGAGCAGUUGGGCCUUGGUGGUAGUGGCGUUGCUAGGCCUUAUCAGAAGGGGGGGAUGGGGAUGCCUCAGCCUCUUCCUGCUUCUGCUGCUGUCACCAGGUUCUUGCUGCCUGCUUCUGACUGUGAAUACACUCUCAAUUCGGUGUUGGAUGAAUUGGAAAAUGAUCAGUGGCCUGUUCCGCCGGGGAGUCGUCAGGCUCGAUGCACCGGAGUGGCGUUGAGUGUUGCGGCAGGGUUGCUUGGUGCUUGUAGUCCUGGGACUGGUGCUAGAAUCAUUGCUUUGGUUGGGGGUCCAUGCACUGAAGGGCCUGGCACGAUUGUGUCAAAAGAUCUAUCUGACCCAGUGCGUUCUCAUAAAGAUCUUGAUAAAGAUGCUGCCCCAUACUUCAAGAAAGCAGUCAAAUUUUAUGAGGGUCUGGCAAAGCAGCUGGUUAGCCAGGGUCACGUUUUAGAUCUUUUUGCAUCAGCUCUUGAUCAGGUUGGGGUUGCAGAAAUGAAAGUUGCAGUUGAAAAAACUGGUGGCCUUGUUGUCCUGUCUGAAAGUUUUGGCCAUUCAGUCUUCAAGGACUCUUUUAAGCGUGUCUUCGAGGAUGGGGAGCAAUCUCUUGGUCUUUGUUUCAAUGGAACACUAGAGAUAAAUUGCUCCAAGGAAAUAAAAAUUCAGGGUAUAAUUGGACCUUGCACAUCACUGGAAAAGAAAGGGCCUUCUGUUGCUGAUACUGUGAUAGGACAGGGAAACACAACAGCUUGGAAAAUGUGUGGCCUUGACAAGAGUACACACUUGACUGUGAUGUUUGAUCUUUCAUCAAGUGAUCGUUCAAACACUCCAAGUGCUAACAAUCAACAGUUGUACCUGCAGUUCGUUACAAGUUACCAGAGUCCAGAUGGUCAAUCAAUGCUUCGGGUCACAACAGUAACUAGAAGAUGGGUAGAUGGUGCUGAUAGUUCUGAGGAAUUGAUUCAAGGAUUUGACCAAGAAACUGCUGCUGUUGUCAUGGCUAGACUUGCUUCUCUAAAAAUGGAGACAGAGGUAUUUCACAAGUUGUUUUUAUUUGUUAUUCUUAUGGUUCCAUUUCCAUUUAUGGACACUUGCCUUGUAUAUCAAGUUACCUUGUUGAGCAUAAUUUUUUUGUUUGAUCAGGAGGCAUUUGAUGCAACACGGUGGUUGGACCGAGCACUUAUCCGCCUUUGCUCUAAAUUUGGUGACUACCGCAAAGAUGAACCAUCUUCUUUUACAUUAAACCCUUCAUUUUCAUUAUUACCCCAGUUUAUGUUCAAUUUGCGAAGGUCGCAAUUUGUACAGGUGUUUAAUAACAGUCCAGACGAAACUGCAUACUUCCGCAUGUUGUUAAACAGGGAAAAUAUAAGCAAUGCUGGUGUCAUGAUUCAGCCAUCUCUGAUAUCAUAUUCAUUCAAUUCAUUGCCUGCACCCGCACUAUUAGAUGUGUCUUCUAUUUCAGCAGACCGGAUUCUGCUACUUGAUUCAUAUUUUAGUGUGGUUAUUUUUCAUGGAAUGACAAUAGCUCAAUGGCGCAACUUGGGGUACCAGAACCAGCCAGAACAUCAGGCAUUUGCACAACUAUUAGAAGCUCCGCGUGACGAUGCCCAAAGCAUGAUUAGAGACCGUUUCCCUGUUCCUAGACUGGUAGUUUGUGAUCAACAUGGUUCCCAAGCUAGAUUUUUGUUAGCAAAGCUGAAUCCAUCGGCAACAUACAGUAAUGCACAUGAGAUGGCUGCUGGUUCAGAUAUAAUCUUCACUGAUGAUGUGAGCCUUCAAGUUUUCUUUGAGCACCUGCAAAAGCUGGCUGUUCAAUCCUGAUACACAGUUUUAUGGGCUUUGAGACUUUGGUUCAGAAAAUUCACCAGUGUCCUACAUUUUGAUGUUCCCUUCAGUUCUGUUCCUUCUGUUUCUUUGUUUGUAAAAGAAAGCAGGUCGCAGCUCAUAUCAAUUGACGAAUAAAGGGGAAGUUCUGAAACAUCAUUCUUUAGGGUUCUGGCCGGGUUUUUUCAGGAUGAAAAUAAAGGUUCAACAGUAGAGUUUGGGCAUAAAGAAAGAAAGGAUGGUGAAAUGUAAGUUAAGAGCCAUUUAUAUGACAGCACAGAGCAAAUGAGGGAGAUAAUUUUGGUGACCUUUUUCCUUUUUUUGGCCCUGAUCUGAAUUUUGGGUUACUUAUCUGGAUUAAUUUAUAUAGGUGUUUUACUUUUACAUGCUCCCUGGUUUGCAAAAUAUUUCAAGUUAAUUUGUGAUGUUGGUAUGAUACUGGUUGCACUUUUUAGUGCUUACAAAUUGUUGUAUAUUAAGUUUGCAUUACCUGACAUAUCCUGGUGAAAUGAAUACUUUUUUUUGAUGGUC